CACCAUCAGCUGACACGUGGCAAAAAAUUUAACGGUCCUUCUACCAACUCUGCCCCACCAUUUUUUUUUUGUCUCAGUGCAUGGGGCCUCUGUGCGCUCUUAUAACGUCGUAUUCACUCACAAGAGAGAGAGAGGAGAGGAGAGGAGAGAAGGCAUAUCGGUAGCUAAGGUGUUUUAGCAAGAAGGAGAGGCCAGGAUUGAUCACAAAUCUAAAAAGAGGGCAAACAACCCCCCAAACACACCCUUAUCCUAUCUUCUUGAGAGGGCCUAUUUUUCCUUUCGUCAAAGAUUUUCUCAUUCACUUUCUCUCCUCACUUCUACUUCUUCUAUGCUUAGUAUCUUAUUCUCUCUGCAAAUUAAGUAUUACUCUCUUCUCUUGGAUACCCACCUUUUCUUUUAUCCCAUAUUAUUCCUCAGAUAAUUCAUAUUCCUUAUAUUCUUUAAAUAAUAAAAAAAGCAAAAAAAGAAAAACCCCCUUUACUCCAAGAAGAGGGAAUCAAAAGUGGAAGAAAAUGGCUCCAAGGUCAGGUAGAGGUAAGACCAGCAAAUCAAAAGCAGAUAAGAAGAAAAAAGAAGAAAAAGUUGUUCCUACUGUCCUUGACAUUACAGUGAUAACCCCUUAUGACAAUCAAGUUGUUCUUAAGGGUAUCUCUACUGACAAGAUACUUGAUGUAAGAAGGCUAUUGGCUGUGAAUGUAGAGACAUGCCACCUCACCAACUAUUCCCUCUCUCAUGAGGUUAAAGGCCAUAAGUUGAAUGACAAAGUAGAAGUUGUUACUCUCAAGCCCUGUCUGAUUAGACUGGUUGAAGAGGACUAUACGGAAGAAGCCCAAGCUGUGGCCCAUAUUCGACGGCUAUUGGACCUUGUAGCCUGCACCACAAGGUUCACUAAGCCCAAGAGGUCUCCUUCAAGCCCAGAUUCGAAGUCCAGAAAAAGCGUCAGUAGGCCCAACAACAAGAGCUCGGGCCCACCUAGAUCGCCACCCUCGGAGCCGUCGGUUCCAGCGAUCUCGGAGAGGUAUGGGAUGGCAGCCAUACACCCAACGCCGAAGCUCUCCGAAUUUUAUGAUUUCUUCUCUUUCUCUCACCUCUCUCCUCCCAUACUGCAUUUGAGAAGAUGUGAGACUAUAGAAGAAAGGCGCGAUGGUGACUAUUUUCAAAUUCAGAUUAAAAUAUGCAACGGUAAGCAGAUACAAGUGGUGGCAUCAGUCAAAGGGUUUUAUGCAGUGGGAAAGCAAUUCCUACAAAGCCAUUCUUUGGUUGAUCUUCUCCAACAACUUAGCCAAGCUUUUCUCAACUCAUAUGAAUCCUUGAUGAAGGCUUUUGUUGAACAUAACAAGUUUGGUAAUAUUCCAUAUGGAUUUCGAGCUAACACAUGGCUUGUUCCACCAUCAUUUGCUGACUCUCCAUCAUCAACCUUCCAAGCCUUACCAACAGAAGAUGAUAAUUGGGGUGGAAAUGGGGGUGGUCAGGGAAGAAAUGGUGAAUAUGAUCAUCAACCAUGGGCAACUGAUUUUGCCAUAUUGGCUAAACUUCCUUGCAAGACUGAGGAUGAGAGGGUGGUCCGAGAUCGCAAAACCUUUCUGCUACAUAGUAAAUUUGUCGAUGUCUCAAUCUUGAAAGCUACUGAAGCAAUACGCAAUUUGUUAGAAUCCGAUAUGAGAUCGAAUGAGUCUUCAAUUGUGUAUGAGAAUCGUAUAGGGGACUUGUCCAUUACUGUGAAACGUGACACAACAGAAGUGAGCUCAAAUUUUCAAGUGAAAGUGAAUGAUGAAGUAUCUGGUUUGUCUGCCAAGGAGUUUGCUCAGAGGAGUUUACUGAAGGGACUAACAGCAGAUGAGAGCGUAGUAGUUCAUGAUACUUCUUCCUUGGGCAUUGUCACUGUCAGACAUUGUGGAUACAGUGCAACAGUUAAAGCUGUUGGUAAUGUGAAUAAGAGGAGGUUUGAGGCUCAAGAAAUUGAAGUUGAUGACCAACCAGACGGAGGAGCAAAUGCUCUUAAUAUCAACAGCCUGAGAGCUCUGCUUCAAAAACCUACAGCUGAAUCUUUGGGAAGUAGCCAGUCUGAUUUGGAUAAUUCAGAAAUUUCCAUGACUCUGGUUAGAACUGUAAUCAAAGAGAGCUUGAAAAGAUCACAGGAAGAGCAUGAAAUUUCUGAAAGACCUAUUAGAUGGGAAUUAGGUUCUUGUUGGGUGCAACAUCUACAAAAGCAGGAAAAUCAAACGGACAACGAUUCAAAAAGUUCUGGGGUUGAGCCAGCUGUUAAAGGUCUUGGAAAGCAGUUUAAGUUGUUGAAGAAGAGAGAUAAGAAACCAAGUGACACAACUAAUAAGGAAGACUCUGAUUCUUGCACUAGCAGUCUGGAAGCGGGAGAGGUAAUGAAUGGGGAGUUGAGCAGUGAAGAAGCAUUGAAGAAACUAGUUUCAGAGGGUGCUUACUUGCGUCUGGAAGAAUCUGGAACUGAUCUUCAUCAAAAGUCAAUAGAUGAACUUAUCAAGAUGGCACACAAAUAUUAUGAUGAAGUUGCUUUACCAAAGCUGGUAACAGACUUCGGGUCACUUGAGCUUUCUCCAGUUGAUGGUCGUACACUGACUGACUUCAUGCAUUUGAGGGGACUGCAGAUGCGGUCAUUGGGUCGUGUGGUGGAACUUGCAGACCAGCUUCCUCAUAUACAGUCACUUUGCAUUCAUGAGAUGGUGACUCGAGCAUUCAAGCAUGUACUUAAAGCAGUUAUUGCUUCUGUUCACAACCAAUCAGACUUAUCUGAAGCAAUAGCCUCCUCUUUAAAUUUUCUGCUUGGACAUUCCGAGUCACAAGAAAAUGAUCAAAACCUGAAUGAUGAUCAUUCACUCAAGUUGCAGUGGUUGGAAGCAUAUCUUUCCAAAAAAUUUGGUUGGAAACUAAAGGAAGAACUUCCCUACUUGAGGAAGUACUCGAUUCUUCGAGGUCUUUGCCAUAAGGCUGGGUUGGAGUUGGUCCCUAGGGAAUAUGACAUGGAAAGCCCAAACCCCUUCAGAAAAUAUGACAUUGUUAGCUUGGUUCCCGUGUGUAAGCACGUAGCAUGCUCUUCAGCUGAUGGUCGAAAUUUUCUAGAGUCGUCAAAAGUUGCUCUCGAUAAAGGAAAGCUUGAGGAUGCUGUUAAUUAUGGAACAAAGGCUCUGACGAAGAUGAUAGCAGUUUGUGGUCCCAAUCAUCGUGCUACUGCUAGUGCUUACAGUCUGCUAGCAGUGGUUCUUUACCACACUGGGGAUUUUAAUCAGGCAACUGUAUAUCAGCAAAAGGCUUUAGAUAUUAAUGAGAGGGAACUUGGACUAGACCACCCAGAUACAAUGAAAAGCUAUGGGGAUCUUUCAGUUUUCUAUUAUCGCCUUCAACAUAUUGAAUUGGCUUUGAAGUAUGUGAAUCGAGCUUUAUUCCUCCUCCAUUUCACAUGUGGACUAUCUCACCCAAACACUGCAGCAACAUACAUUAAUGUGGCUAUGAUGGAAGAGGGCAUGGGGAACGUUCAUGUUGCUCUGAGAUACCUCCAUGAAGCUCUCAAGUGCAACCAAAGACUAUUAGGAGCAGACCACAUACAGACUGCAGCUAGUUAUCAUGCCAUAGCUAUAGCUCUUUCAUUGAUGGAAGCAUAUUCCCUCAGUGUCCAACAUGAGCAAACUACACUUAAAAUACUUCAAGCCAAACUUGGGCCUGAAGAUCUUCGUACUCAGGAUGCAGCUGCGUGGCUUGAGUAUUUUGAAUCGAAAGCUUUAGAGCAACAAGAGGCAGCUAGAAAUGGAACCCCAAAGCCAGAUGCCUUAAUUGCAAGCAAGGGUCAUCUUAGUGUAUCAGAUCUGCUGGAUUACAUAAGUCCUGAUCAAGAUUCUAAAGGAAGUGACGCACAGAAGAGGCAAAGAAGAGCAAAGGUACUGCAGGUUGGUGAUAAAGUCAGCGAAGAACUUCAAGUGCCAAUAGCAAACGAUGACACACCAAAUGAUGUAGUGGAUAAUAGCCUAGAGAGAGAGGAUGAUAUAAAAGUAAGCUCAGUUAGCACGCCUCCUCCUCAAGAACAAGAAGAAAAUGAAGAUACUUCUAGAUACGGGUUGACAGUGACUAGCGAAGUUGUGGAAGAAACAACUUCAGAUGAAGGGUGGCAAGAAGCAAGUUCAAAGAGCCGUUCAGGGAACACUUCUACCGGUCGAAAGUUUGGACGUAAAAAACCAGUUCUUUCAAAGCUUAAGUUACAGAAUGAACAUUCAAACUCUAGAGAAAAUAGAAAUGGGAGGGUCAUCAAUUCACCGUCACAGAAUUUGACUCCCAAGCCUACUAUUCCUACUGAGUUUCCUUCACAGAAACAGACUAGGGUUCGUAGCUUGAGUUUUACUGGGGAUGACUCAGUUAAACAGCAGGUAAGAGCUUCUGUUUCUAAAGUUUCCCCCUCACCAACCACUCAUAGUACCAUGGCUUCAAAAUCUCUAUCUUAUAAGGAAGUAGCUUUGGCACCACCUGGCACGGUUCUAAAGCCAGUACUUGAUAAAGAAGAAGAGAUGAUUGUUGAGAAACCAGAAAUCAAAACACCUAGUGUUCUUCCACCAGAGACGCCACAGAUUGAAGAAAGUAAAAGCAACUCUGUAGUUGAAGAAAUCACAAAGAGUGAAGCAGAAGAAACUAUUGCGAGUGAGACUCAUAGGGAUAAUACUGGACAAGAACUUGAAGAUGAAAAAUCUAAAGAUAAAAAUGGAAGCAAACUUUCUGCAUCAGCAGAGCCAUUCAAGCCAGGACCAAUAACCAUGUCUCACCCUUUAAGUUCAGUAGCUGCCACAAGUGUUUAUGACGUGAGAGCCAGUCAAGAAAUGCUUGCAGAGCCGGUAGUUUCCCCUGUGGCUGCUAGAGUUCCUUGCGGACCGAGGUCACCAUUGUAUUACAGAACCAACUAUUCUUUCCACAUGAGAAGAGAUUUUCUUAAGUUUCCAAAUCCCACAUUGGAAAGAAAUGGAUCAGGGCCUCAAAGAAUCAUGAACCCUAAUGCACCUGAGUUUGUUCCCAGAAGGACAUCAUGGCAAAUUGACCCUGUUAUUGCAAAUGGAGGGGUCCCAACUGAUUCAGAUUCAUUAGAAAUUACUGUGCAAGAGGCUGUGAAAUCCAAUGGUGAUACUACUAAAGAGAGUGGUAAGAAGACAAUCUCUGAGUCUGAAAAGUCAGAGCUUGCCAGGCAGAUUCUGCUUAGCUUCAUUGUGAAGUCUGUCCAACAUAAUAUGGACUCUCCAGGUGAGUCUGGAAACAGUGGGAAGAAAAAAUUUCAGCAGCACUCAGAUGCCAUAGAAAACGACAGUGCCAUUAUAAAGAUUCAGUAUGGAAAUGAAGAGAAGAAGUCAAACGACAUGAUUUAUGAAUCAAGUGAUUCUUCUGAGGCUCAGAAAGUAGUUGAUGUAAGUAAGAAAAACGGGGAUGGUGAAGGAUUUAUAGUAGUGACAAAGAGAAGGAAAAACAAGCAACAGUUCCCAAAUGGGGUGAAUGGUUUGUACAAUCAAACAUCGAUAUGUGCUUCUGUUCGUUGAAAAUAUAGAUAAUAGCGAGUAAUGAGAGUUUUUUCUCUUCUUUUUUUUACCAAUAAAGCUUUCGGCAUGUAAGUUCUCACUUUUUGACAAUGUAAAAAGUCUGACAAUAGAGGAAUUUUCAAGUCUCCAGUCUUUUGCAUUCCAUUGAUUUGGUUUGGGUCAUAAUAAAUUUGGUCUUCAUCUUCUUUUA